AUGGCGGACCCUAUUUAUUACCCCAUGUGUUAUGAUAUACCCGGUUUGGCUCAUGUGCCCGAGGAUAGAUGGCCACGGGUCUUCAAUUCAGAUUUCGCAAAGAAACAAUAUGAAUACCAGAUCGAGGAGCAACGUAAAAUAAGACAGCAUCAGAAGGAUGUUCUCUUUAGAUAUACAACACAACAACAUAUUGAUUGUAAGACCCCAUAAUUCCUUAAGCUUCCUGGUAGGCCCUAUAGCCAGCAUGUCUACUGGGCCAUCGAAUCGACACAAUACCAAUUCUUUGGGCUUGCUUUUCAUGAGCCUUCUGACAUUGUCUCGGUAGUUGACCAUCAUAGUGGAAGGAAAUUGAAACUGCCAACACUUAAGAAUCCUCUGGGUCUAUUAACCAGGAAAACAAAUUGGGAGACGGAAUCAUCGCGAAGGAUGCUAAAAGGCUACUGGAGCUACAGGAGGGGAAAGGAACCCAAGUCAUAUGAUCACGUCGAGUUUACAACCCCUCGAGAAAAGCCAUUGCCGAUGAACAUCAACAUCCCGACCAUACCUUAUAAGGGAAAUUGGGAAGCCAAUAAUUCGCUGGUUUGGGAUGUGAUCGAGCCUGGUUUGCGAAUCGCAGAAAUGCUGCUGAUGGAUAGAUUGACACUUGCAUAUGUAAGGAGAUAUCCUAUAUUUCUUUUCCGUGCAAAUCUAAAGGGGUAGUAGUUACAUCGCAUUUUCGGAAGUAAUGGUAAGAUUGAACGGAUAGACGACUCCUUAAAGUUCGAUCCGCAAGACCAAAAUGAAUACUUUAGAGUACGCCUGCGUGGUUGGGAUAGCAAAUGGGUCGACGAUAUCAGAGGAAAGGUAAAGCAUCAUCUCGAUCUACUCUCGCAGGAUACCCCGACGAGAAUAGGGUUCAUGAAUAAAAAUCUGGACCCGAUGUACGAUAGAGCCAACCCUUCUCUUGGUGGUGAGGAUGCGGGUGCCUGGGGUUUGACUUGGCCACUUGCCAGGCCGGGAAAACCAUCAGAUUGGGAGGAUGGUGGGCAACCUGUCAUUGACCUUGCAAGGGUCAAUAUUUAUAUUCAGGUGGAGCUCAUUCAACAUCUUUUUCUGCAUAAUCCUUCGAUGUUACCUGACCUUGAGCUGCGUGGUGCACAAUUCCAUAUCGCAAUCACUUUUGUCCAUGAGGUUGUGCAUGCCCUUUGGCUUUCUUAUGUGAGAGAAUAUGGGAGAGAUCUUAGGAUCGAUGAGUCGAAGUAUCAUUUAGAAGAUGGUGGUGGACAAGUCGAGCAUGGCUUUGAAUGGGAAGUGGGGGUACGUAUGUUUCUCACCCCCUAAGUUGACAAGAGGAAGCUGAAAAGAUAGCAAGGCACUUGGUGGAAUUGUAGAGCGGAUAAUACCAAGAGAAAAGGGACCCGGGGGGGCUUUUGGGUGGGAGAUACACACUUGGCCAAGUCUUCUUGGGUACCCUCCACCUCCGAUAGAACCGCCUCUCCCCGAUACCCGUGAACUGCGGUUUCUCACAGUGGAGAUGAUAGAACAAUUCCACCAAGAGGACUUUUGGGUGCGUUACCCUGAACAUUUUUACGCGUAUCCAACUAACUUUAAGAGAUGACUGCUGUUAGGCGAUUGGGGAUUAAGCAUCUACUGAAAGCAUCCUCAAGUGUAGAAGUUUUGUUCAAAUUUACAAAGUUUGUAUGUCCGACAAAUGGUACGAUAAAGGUUGCAUGACAGAAGACAGAAUAUACACGAAAUGAGAGCGGAAAAGACUGGCUUGAAGAGGAAGCUAAGAAGGACUGGAUUCAGAGGCUAGCGAAAUCCGAUCCGACGGCACGAAGGGCGAUUAGGUGGGCUGAAGAAUUUGCUCAGAGAACAGGAAGGAUGGACAGUGUUACUUUUGACCUUGAAGAAGCGAAUUUGGGACUGGAAAAGAUAUUGGGACUUCUCAGUGCAAAUGCGGAUCUUACUGAUGUUAUGACACCGAUAAUUCUGGCCAUUCAAAUAUAUGACAAGUCUGUUGGGUAAGUCAAGUCUCGAAGGAAAUUCUUCUUAAUUAUUUUAGUCAGUCAUGGGAAGGGGGAUCUUAUCUUCUUCUUUACUCUCAAGAUUUCCUUGACGGUUCUGUUUUCUAACCUUUUUGGCCUCUCUUGAGAAAAGAAAGUACCAAGCUGACUUCUAAUCCAUGGAUUAGGGUAAUCGCAGAAGCCACCACAAAGGAGAGAACCAUACCACCAUAUUUACAAUCCUGGCGUCUGAGUUUACUGGAGUGGAAUUUCAUGACAAGAAGCUUUCUGCGUCAGCUCCAAGAUCAUUUUGAAAACGAGGGAAAUGAUGAACGCUACGCCAAUGCUAUCGAGUCCACCUUGCUGAUGACACUAGAGAAGUCACGAAUGCAAUUGGCCGAUCCUCUAAAGGAGCCAGAGGAUGGACCAAAAGAUGACGGUCUUCAUCUUCCAGAGAAACACUAUGAAGAUAUGAACGACGUAAGCAUAGCUUUCAAAAGAGCCAUUUCGGGAGACGAGGAUCAAAUGCGGCUGGCUUUUGCACCUCUAGAUGGAUUAUUGAGAGUUAGUUUUCUCCCUUUCUGGUUUCCUUGGAAAUGUGGCAUGGGAAACGGUAAUACUAACUAAGCAUCGUCUGUAGGGGACCAGCACAAGCGUAUUCGAUAUGUCAUGCGCCGAACUUAUAAACAUCGGCCUUACAUGUAUCCUUGCUUCCGAUGGUGAAAUUAGCGAGGACAUCACCGUUUGGAGGGAGGAUACGGACACGAUAUAUCAAGAUUUGGAGAAUCUACGGGCUUUGCAUAAACUUCCCCCUUUGUGGAAUGAUCUGAUUGGAGAAUGGAUGGUGGUGGCUUAUAAUGUUCAACAAGGGUUACGUCGUAUUGAAGAUCAGGUUAAUAAUCAGCCAAAGUGGCAGCAGCAGGACCUGAGACCGUCGAAGCUCUCGGAUUGGCUGGGUGAAGAGGUUCCAAGUCAUUAA